AAUGACUCAUUUUUAAUUAAAAAAGCUGACAAAAUUAUUCCCUCCCACACUCGUUUUCCCUCCGUUCUCCACCGGGAUCCCCAUACGGCGGCGGCAACCACUCUCCAUCUUCGCCACAACCGCGCCCCCACACUUCUCUGUUCGACGCUUAAUCUCUUUCUCGUUUCACUCCAGUGCCAACGAUACUACUCUGUUCGACGUUUCCACUGUUUAACAACCAUAUUCCUUCCGAAUCAUUGGUCUGCCAUGUACAGUGGUGAGUGGUGACACACCUCCCGCUUUUCUGCAGUGAAGUCAUCUCUAUCUGUGACUGUCAGUAGCUGCCGAGCAUCAGACAACGUCAGAUAACCAAAAUCGUGAAUUUCUCAUGCACUGACAAGUCAAUAUAGAGGAAAGAAGAAUGAGCAAGAGACCACCACCUGAUCCUGUGGCAGUGCUACGAGGUCAUCGCGCUUCCGUCACCGAUAUUUCUUUUCAUCCCUUUAAACCUAUAUUGUUCUCCGGUUCUGCUGAUGGUGAACUGCGAAUUUGGGAUACCUUUCGUCGUCAAACAGUUUCAUCAGCAUGGUUACAUAGUGCUGCACAUGGGAUUGUUGCUCUUGCCAGUAGUUCUUCUCUUGGGACUAAUAAAUUUGUCAGCCAGGGUAGGGAUGGAACUCUCAAAGUUUGGGAUUUUGAUGAUUCUGGUUUGUCUAGAAUUCCAUCACUUACAAUCAAGACAAACACUUACCACUUUUGUAAGUUUUCCAUGGCUAAGAAUCAGAGUACUGGGUUAAAAGAAGGGGAACCAUCAAAAAAUUGCAUUGAAACAGAAGAGGCUCAUACUAAUCAAAGUUGUUCUGAAAGCUCUGAAGGGCUACCGUAUGUGGCUUUGUCGGGAGAGAACUCUUCUGAGGUUGAAAUUUGGGAUCUCAAAUCAGCUGAAAGAUUUGUACGACUCCCUUCAAACAUUGGUCAUAACUCUUCAAGUGUUAGCAGCAAAGGGAUGUGCAUGGCACUUCAAUUGUUUGUACCAUCUGAAUCACAAGGAUUUUUAAAUGUCUUGGCUGGAUAUGAAGAUGGUUCCAUGCUGUGGUGGGAUAUACGGAAUCCCGGCGCUCCAAUAAGUUCUGUGAAAUUCCAUUCUGAGCCAGUUCUGAGCGUCUGUAUUGACGAGUCUUGCAAAGGAGGUGUCUUGGGAGCUGCAGAUGAGAGGAUUGUGAUAUACAGCUUGGAUCAUUCUUCGGGUACAUGUGUGGUCAAUAAAGAAAUCACAUUGGAGCGACCUGGCAUCUCAGGCACCUCAAUUCGGCCUGAUGGCAAAAUUGCUGCAACUGCUGGCUGGGAUCACAGAGUAAGGAUCUAUAACUACCGCAAAGGAAAUGCUUUAGCUGUACUCAAGUAUCAUCAUGCCACGUGCAACGCUGUAACUUUUUCGUCUGAUUGUAAACUUAUGGCCUCUGCAUCGGCAGACACAACUGUGGCGUUAUGGGAAUUGUAUCCUCCUCGAACAUGAAGUUUAUUUCAUGGAUUUAGGGUGUGUUUGUGAGAGCUUAUUUACAAUUUAUUUGAAACUUUAUGAUUUAACCACUUAUGUAAGUCUUUGAAAGUUUAUGAAAGUGACUUAUAACAUAUAUGAAAACAAUGUAAUCACAUUUUUUCAUUGUAAAAAUAGUCUAUACAUAAAUGUCUAAUUAUACCA